AUGAAUUACUCAGAGUUAGACGAGGAUGAAGAUUUAUAUGAGGGGUUAGAGGGGAAUAAUCUGGAAUUGGUUGAAAAAACAGUAGAAGAAAAAAAAAAAGAAACCGAAAUAAUUACCCCUAAGAUUAAAGAGCAAUCAUUUGAAAAAUCCCGAAAAAGUUUAUACAAAAAGUUAAGUGGUGCAAAAGAAAUAUAUACAAAGAAAGAUCCCUGUUUAUUUUUCGGAGCACCCCAAACGAAUGAAGAAGAAGACGAGCUGGGAGAACAUGAAAGAAAAUUUUUACUUUUAGUAAAUUUGUUGUAUUUUAUAAAUGAUAUGGUAAUAAGAAAACAUUGUGAAAACAUUGGAAAGGUUAAAAGAGUUGUAAUUUUAGAAGAUGAACAUAACUGUAAAUCCUUGGGGAUAUGCUUAGUAGAAUUUUAUUAUUUAGAUAAUAGUCAAAAUUAUGUAGCAUAUAUAAAAGAAAAAUUAAAAGCUGAUGUUAAAACAGUAGAUGCACACUUAGAAGAACAAAUUAAAAACGAUGAGAUAUAUAAUUAUGGUGGUUAUUUAAAUAGUAGUAUUAUAGAAUUGAUAAAAAGAAAUAACUCUGAAUAUAUAAACACAAAUGAAAAUGUCCAUGAUGUUUUAAAUAAAUCUAUGAGUUUAAAUAGACAUCCAUUAUUUACUUGGUUUAAUACAAGUUUAAAAGAUGUCCUAAAUAGCUAUGUUAAAUCCGAAAUAAAAAAAAAAAAAAAAUAUAACAAUGAUUUUUUAGAAAAAAAGUACGAAACAAAUUCAGAUUCCGACGAAGAUAUAUCUACACAUAUACUUGAUUAUGUUGCUAAAAAAAAUAAAAUGACUCUUCCUAAAUAG